AUGACAGACAUCCAGCCAUAUACCAUUGCCGUCGACGACCAGCGCUUAGAGGACCUCAAACUCCGACUAUCUCUAGCCAGGUUUCCAGAUGAGUUGGACGAAGCAGGAUGGGAUAUGGGGUCUCCUCUCGCAGACAUCAGGAGGCUGACUAGCUACUGGCGAGAGUCGUACGAUUGGAGGAAGGCGGAGAAGGAACUGAAUAAGGCACCGCACUUCGUCACCGACGUUCAGUGUGAAGGCUUCGAGUCUCUAGCGAUCCAUUUUAUCUACGUUCGCAGCAAGGUCCAAGGUGCCAUCCCCUUGCUCUUUAUUCACGGUUGGCCAGGUCACUUCGAGGAGGUCCUCAAGAUACUGCAGCCCCUAACAGAGGGCGACGGGGUGAAGUGCCCUGCUUUCGACGUCGUCGCACCCUCUUUGCCUAACUUUGGGUUCUCCGAAGGGCCCAAGACGCGCGGCUUUGCUAUAGAGCAGUACGCAGAGACUAUGAAUAAGCUCAUGCUGAAGUUGGGCUACAACGAAUAUGUUACGCAAGGUGGCGACUGGGGAUGUCACAUCAGCAGAGCCAUUGCGCACCUCUACCCAAAAUACUGCCGGGCAACGCACCUCAACUACGACUCCGCCAACCCGCCUGAGUACUUUAAGCACCCGCUCCUCGCUCUUCAGCACGCCGUGACGCCUUACAACUCGCGGGAGCGACGUGGCGUAACGCGCACCAAGUGGUUCGAGACAGAGGGCAGAGGUUACAACCUCGAGCAAUCGACCAAGCCGCAAACGCUCGGAUACGGGCUGGCGGACAGCCCAGUGGCCUGCCUAGCCUGGAUCUUGGAGAAGCUGCACGACUGGACGGACGCGUACCCGUGGACGGAUGACGAGAUCUGCACUUGGGUGAGCAUCUACUGGUUUAGCACGGCAGGGCCCGCCGCCAGCGUCCGGAUCUACUACGAAAUAACGCACAAUGUGGACGGGAGGUCUGGAAAAUUAGACCAUCAGGCCCUACGGGCGUGGUCUCCCGGCGUGAAACUAGGAUUCAGCCACUUCCCCAUGGACCUGCAGGUUUUGCCUAGCAUGUGGGUGCGCACAUUGGGCGAAGUGGUGUACGAGAAGGAUCACGAUAGCGGCGGCCACUUCGCUGCCUGGGAGCGCCCGGACGAGCUCAUCGCCGACGUCAGAGAGAUGUUUGGGAAAGGGGGCGGGGCAUUCGGCGUCGUAACGGGCGCUACUGGGUAUACUUCGUGA